AACUUGUGGUUUUCGUACAGCAUUUUUCCGGGUGUUACAGUGUUACAGUGCUUGAAAAAUAUAAAUAGCGAAUUGAAAAAGAGUGUAAACAAUUUUCAAAGCUAGUGCACGUGCUAAAAAAAAUCUGGAAAAGUGUUGUUCGCAUAUUACAGCAAUGAAAGGCAGUUAAUGGUUUGCCAUUUGGAUUUUCGUUGGCGACGUCGGAUCUCUUAUACAGAUAUAGUAAACGGCGCAAUCGCCAGAACGCAACUACAUUUCCCACUGUGCAGCAGACAUAAAUUAAUGUUUCGGUACCUGCCCGCUUAAAAGUUUACAAACGAUUCAUUCAGUUAAUAUAAAAUGGAGGAAAUAUCCAGUCUCGACUCUUUUGGCGCUGAUUCGAGCGCAAGACCUGAAUCAGAAACAUCCAAAUUGGACGAGGACAAUUCAAGGGAGAAAGCUGAAGCAAGAACAGCUCUUCAGGAUACACCUGCGUCACCAUCACCUGUGGAAAAUAUUAGUGCAGAUGCCGGCGAAAUAGCUGAAAAAAUAGCUACAGCGCCAGCAACAGGCGAGGAUGACGAUUUCGAGCAGAUAUCAGAAGGUUCUUUGGACAUGGACGAAGGACAAUCGCAAGAUAAAUCCGAUGCUGCUGGAAAAGAAGAACUAAAUCCUAUACCUAAAGAUAGUGGAGAAUUGGAUGCAGAGCCCAGUGCAGCUGAGCCAAGCGCUGAGGAUGCAUCAGAACAAGAUGUGGAGCCAGCUGCGGCAGAUGAAGAGCAAGAGCAUUACAAUAUAGAUUCCAAUGCUGAAGCAGAAGCUCAGCAACAACAUGAUGCUUUUGAAAAUGUAGAGCAAGGCAAAGAAGCGUCUGAGACAGAUGCAGUCGAUGGUGCACCCGCCUCCAUUGAAGCUAUGGAAGUAGACGAGGAAGGUGAUGCCGAAGCAGAAUCUGCGCCCGCAGAAACAACUGCUGAUGGCGAUGAUGUCGAAAUGCAAUCCGAAGGGGCCGACUCCCAGCAUGCAGCAGGUGAACAAACUGACGCGGGCGACAAGUCUACUGAAGACACGCCCUCUGAGGGCAGGGAUGAAGUUGAUAGGACAGAAGAACAAAAUGCUUCAACAGCUACAGACAAUUUGUCCACUCACGAAGAAGAUGAUGCAGAUAACGCAGAGGCAGAUGCCGAGGCAGAACGAAUUGAAGAUGCUGCCGAAGCCGAACAACAAGAUGAAGCAGCCGAUGAAGGGGCCGAGCAACCAGAUGAAGCUGGCGAAGCAGAACAGACGGAAGAAACAGCCGAAGCAGAGCAUGGAGAUGAUACUGUCGAAAAUGUGCUAGAGCCCGAGGAAUCUGAUGUUUGUCUCAUACCGGACGAUCCCGAAACGGAAGUAACUGAGGCCGAAAAGGAGCUGGCCCGAGAGAAUGCGGAAAAGGCAGCGGAGGAGGAGGAAGCCGCCGAGCAAACGCAAUCUGGAUCGAAAUCGCCUGGCAAUGAGGCUGAAGCUGGACCAGAAGCACAAAGCGACAAGGUUGAUGCGGCCGCGAGUACUGUGAAUCCACAAACGGAAGACACGUCUGAAAGUGCAAACGCAGAGGCUCUGGCUGAUAAGCCAGCUGGAGCUGAUGUAUCAGAGCGCCCUGAAGCGAACACUGCAGCUAAUGACGACGAGGACACUCCUGAAGCGGAUGCCCAGGAAGCUGACGAGCCCACCCACGAAGCGUCGGGGACUGCCGAGGAUGAAGCGGGCGGAACUGCCAAGAUAGCCAUCGUUUGGAUAGUGGGCAGCACACAAAAAUGUAGACAAUGCGACACUGAAAAGACCUGCGUUUAUCGCUUCAAACAGAGCGAAGCGGCUGCGGAUGAAAAUGCCGAAGAGACGUCAGCAAGUGAAGCACCUGCAACAGGAGGAACAUUCGAGUAUUUAUGCGAUCAGGCGUGUUGUGAUGCAUUCUUGGCUGCGGAGCCGGGCAAAUACUUCUUACGGCGUAAGAAGUUCCUGGUCGAGGAGGUUAGUCAGGAGUCCAGCAGUGUGGCUGCCGUUGAUGAUGACACAAGUGGGAAUACAGAGACGACAACUGCUGCUGAGCCCAAUGAAGGUGAUGCAAUAGACGCCGCUGUAACGAACAAGAAACACGCCUGCCUGCAGUGCAAGGAGCAGACGAAUUGCAAAUACUUUCUCCGGCAAGACCAGGAUACGUACUACAUAUGCAAUGAUGAUUGUUUCAAUCUCUUAAACGCCGAAGAGCCAGAUAAAUACAAAUUGAAACGUCACUCGAUACGCGUACGAAACAUUGGCGCCACCACCAUACGCUCGCCCAGCAAAAAGCCUGAAACAAAUGUGGUCGCCCGCACCAACGCCGAAGCGGAGGCGGCGCGUCUCGAUCGCAUCGAGAGCUUUAGGAGACGUUGCGCCGAUUGCCAGCAGGAGGUGAAUGUGGGUGACAAGCAGCUCAUCUGGGAGACAAUGGACUUUUGCAACGAGGUGUGUCUGGGCAGCUAUCAGCGUUCGUUUGGCGGCAACUGCGAAACUUGCAAACAGGAGGUCAGCUCCAUUGCUCUGGGCAAAUACUGCGUCCGAUUUGGCUUCGAAGUGCGUCAGUUUUGCUGCGCGGCAUGCCUUAAUACGUACAAGAAGGGACUGAAGACCUGCAGCUGCUGUCAGAAGGAUAUUAGCAGCGGACAGGAGGGCUUUCUGGCACCCGUCGGCGACAAAGAUCAGUUCAAGGACUUCUGUUCACAAGCAUGUCUGCGACGCUAUGAUAAUAUGUGCAAUCCCAAAAAGAAACUACGCACGGACAUGUGCGGCGUUUGCAACAACGAAAAGCCUGUGCGUGUAGAGAUGCUGUUGGACGACAAAGAGCACUAUUUCUGCUCGAAUCCCUGCUUUUCGGCUUUCAAGUUUGUGAGCAACGUCAAUGCCGAUCCGUGCUCCAUGUGCUGCAAGUACUUCGAGCGAAAGAGCACCGAUGCAUACACAAUUUAUAGCAAUGAUCAGCAGGCGCCGAAAAUGUUCUGCUCGCGCAUCUGUAUCAAUGUGUACAUCAUUGUCAAUCGACACAUUGUCUCCUGUCAGUGGUGCAAGGUUAAGAAAUAUAACUUUGAUAUGAUCUACAAGCAGCAAAACGACCAGGAGACGCUCACUUGUUCCAUCAACUGUCUGACCAUGCAUGGCGUUAGCUGUAACAUUUCAGCACGUGCUGUCACCAAGUGCGACAAUUGCAGCAAUACAAGCACCCCGCAAUACCAUCUCACCAUGUCGGAUGCAUCGAUGCGCAAUUUUUGUACAUAUCAGUGCGUAAUGCAGUUCCAAAAUCAGUUUGCCCGCACGCCACUAACUUUGGAUGGCGAUGUGGCGUCAACGUCGGCCAGCAAAGCACAACAGCCGCAACACCUAUCUGCUUCACAACCUCGAGGCAGCAACAAAAAUGGAGCACCCUUUCCCACCGGACUACCGAAACGGGUCAAAUUGAAGUUGUCACAGCAGCCGACCGGCCUGAAAAAUAAUGCCUCUGGUGGUUUAAAUAAAAAAUCAGCUAGUGGAACUGUUGUGCCCGUUAUUUCCACCGUUCAAUCGCUAGCGAGCGGCGAAACUGAGGCACGCAUUGGAAGUGUAACCGUGCGGCGCAAGCGCGGUCGUAAAGCGGACUCACCGCCUCCGUUAUCAUUGAGCAUUACUUCGUCCUCAUCAUCGUUGGGGGAGGUUCGUGGUCGUGGUCGUCCGCGCAAGCACGUGGACUAUACUGUUGCACGGUCGCCCUCACCACCGCAGCCUUUGCGGCGCAGCGUCGGCACUCCUAGCAAUGAUUUACCAGCGCCAGUAACGGAAACAAAGAUCAUCACCGUUCCUCCGUAUCCAAAGGCGGUUCGUAAUGUAAAUAUCAGUUGCAAGCCCAUGACUGUUUCGUCAAGCGCUCAGGUAACGCCGUCCGUGCGAGAUUGUGCCACGCAGACAGAGAAGGAUUAUUCGAACAAGGUGCUAAUACCCGUACCUGUGCCCAUAUUCGUACCGCAACCGAUGUAUAUGUAUUCAGCGCCAUUCCCGGUGCCCGUGCCCAUUCCUCUGCCCAUACCGGUGCCAAUCUUUAUACCCACGACACGAAACACCGCAGCUGGCAUCUUGAAAGAGAUUAAGAAGAUACAGGAUAAAAUGCCCGAAGAUCCACUGGAGGCCGAAUUGCUAAUGAUGGCUGAAAUGGUAGCUGAAGAGAAGCACGAAUCGGAUUCCGAUUCGGACAACGAAAUCAAACCGGAUCCGGGUCUGGUCACCAUGCAAUAUCAGAAUAGUCUUGAGCAACAGCAGCAGCAACAACAGCAACAGCAGCAACAGGUUGUGGAUGUUAAUGUCGCUAGCCAUAAUCAUUACGGCGAUGAUAUGCUCCAAAUAGCCCUAAAAAUGGCCACAGGCGACUUUGAAAAUCCUCAUCAGACAACAACCGUUGAUCUGGAGUCAACAAUGACGGCCAACACGAUAACGAGUCAGUCGCCCAUGGGACAUGAUAUGGGUCAAAUGGGCGUGCAUCAUCUGGAUCAGCAGCAUCACAUAUCUCCGCGAGGUCGUAAACGUGGUGGCACCAUCGCCGUACUUGAUUCUCCAUCACGGAAUAGUCGAUCGCCUGUUAAACGACAGCGUGGCAGCGAAAUGGACCACUCGGCCCUGCAGCAACAGUCGCAGCAGGCACAACAGCCGCAGGAAAAGCCCGAUGCACAAAUGUUCCUCAAAUACACAUUCGGUGUCAAUGCCUGGAAGCAAUGGGUGAUGACCAAGAAUGCAGAUAUCGAGAAGAGUUCGAUGCGCAGGAGACCCUUCAAAACGGAGUUGCUGCAAAUGACCGCAGACGAGCUGAACUAUUCGCUCUGUUUGUUUGUUAAGGAGGUGCGCAAGCCCAAUGGUACCGAGUAUGCGCCGGAUACAAUAUAUUACCUUGUGCUGGGCAUCCAGCAAUACCUUUAUGUAAACGGACGCAUCGACAACAUAUUCUAUGAUCCAUACUAUGAACGUUUUACAGAAUGCCUUGAUGAGGUGGCACGCAAGUUUUCCGUGCUUUACAAUGAUUCGCAAUACAUUGUCACACGCGUGGAGGAGGAGCAUUUGUGGGAAUGCAAACAACUAGGCGCCCAUUCGCCCCAUGUGCUGCUCAGUACGCUGAUGUUUUUCAAUACUAAGCAUUUUAAUCUAACUACUGUUGAGGAGCAUAUGCAAUUAUCAUUUUCCCACAUUAUGAAGCACUGGAAGCGUUCAUCGCAAAACUCUAAGGUACCAGGCACACGAAAUGUGCUCUUGCGAUUUUAUCCGCCGCAGGCAGGUUUGGAUGCCAAUCCGCGCAAGAAAAAGGUGUACGAGCAGCAGGAGAACGAAGAAAAUCCAUUGCGUUGUCCUGUGCGUCUAUACGAAUUUUAUCUCUCCAAAUGCCCAGAGAGUGUAAAAACGCGCAACGAUGUGUUCUAUUUGCAGCCGGAACGAUCCUGCGUACCCGAUUCGCCCGUUUGGUAUUCAACGCAAGCGCUCAGCCAGGACGCACUACAACGUAUGCUGCAUCGCGUUAAAAUGGUCAAGGAAAUCAAUAUAGCACUAUUGACAACUUAAUGUGUAAAUAACACACACAGACGCACAUACGAUUUGUAGUAUGUGAAUAAGCUCAUUAUGUAAUGACAUUUAAAGAUAACGAACCUUUGGUGCUUAGCACAAGAUUAUUUGCGGGCAAAAACACCAAUAUAACCCAUUCAGCUAAACUAAGAGAUAAGCAUCUCUCCACGACUCCAAUUAUUUAAAGAAUCAUAGUUGUGUUGCAUAAGUCUAGCAAUACUUAUACAUAUAUAUAAAAACACUAGAUAUAUAUAUCUAAAUUAACAAAUUGGUUUUACGUACUGUAAACAAUUGUGCCCUAAGAGUAGCGCAAUAUUAGGCUCUGUAUAGAUUAUGAAUUUAAAUUUGAACUUUAUCUCAAGCAUAAAUCUUUAAAAACGAAUCAACAUCAUUUAAAAAUUUGGCUACUGAUUAUUUCAUUUAUAUAUACUUGGUUUAAGUUUAGAUACGUAAGACCACAGCGAUGACGAUUGCAAUUAAGUCAUUUUAAUUAGUUUGUUUAUAGUAAACUGGUAGGGAGUGUGCUUAAGUAAUCAAAUUGCAGUCCCCGAGGCAGCGUAUCGAUUGAAGCAUGCGGCGAGUUGCAUGUAUGAUGUUGAUUAUAUAUUAUUAUCUAUAAACAUUUAAAACAGAUACUAUGCCGUUGCAGUGUACAUAGAGCAUAAACAUAAACAAUGAGCCAAUUACGAGCUGUUGUUCUAAGUGUUUUAAUUGUAAAAUGCUGUACUCCUUAACUAAAAAAGUAAUUUUAAAUAUACGAUACAUAUACAUAUA